GCGCGCUCUUCCUGCGCGACAUCUGGAAGGGAGGAGAGACAGAAAAGGAGAAACGGAGAGAUAGAACUAAAAGAGGAUACCGACUGCUGAGGCUUUCAUUAGCAUUUCAAGCAGCGUUUGCAUCAAGGCAACAUUCUGCUUGUUCACCAGCCAGGCGGAGAACUUCCUUGUGGUAAAGAAUUGGGACGAUACACUGACAGACCUCACCAUGGCUCGAGAGGCUCUGUGGAAACACCUACAAUCCCUGGCUCUAUGACAGAUUUGCAGCACCAGCAUCUGUUGAUUUAGAGACAAAACCCUUCCAAGCUCCCAGCCAUUAUGUCAGUCUGCGUGCCCUCCCCGCAUAGCUCCUCCCCUUCCAUAGAUGCGGCCAACUGCAACGGACCUGCAGUGACUCCACCCACCUCUCUCAGCCUACGCUCCUCCCACAACCAAGUGCUAAGUGAUGAUGUGGUCAAUCAGGGCCAGACCACGCCCCCAAAGUGUCGCAAGAAGUACGCACUAAUGAGCAUGCAGAGUGCCAUGGGGCUCGGUGACGGCACCGCACCACCUCCUUCAUCAUCCUCAUCCUCCUCUUCGUCCUCCUCCUCCCCGUCCUUUGUCACAGCUAGCGCUACCAAUCUAAAGCUGGCGAAGAACGGCGCAAACCAGCUACGCAAAGCGGCCGAGCUUCAAGACCAAAACAAAAACACGACAAACGAAGACGACGUAGGAAACGUCACGGACGACUCGGACCACGAGCUGGAAUUAAGCAUCGACAGCCAAACCGAGCCGGACGACUUUGACGAGCCGGUUAACAAGAACACGAGCGAUUUUCUUGAUGAAGAAGCCAAAGACGAGGAUCAAGCUGAGGACUCGAACACAAACCCCUUUGAGGAUGAUUCCGAUGAGCUGCUCAUCCUGUCAGAAAAAACGGAUCGUCUCAGGAAGUCCCCGCAGCUCCAGAAGGACAAGAUCAUCCUGGAGUCACGCGGAGACGAACCCAGGGAGCAAGAUUAUGACGUCAUGGUUCCGCUGUUGAAAGAGAAAGAUCUCAGCCCUCCGUUAUUGCGGAAACAGUGCAGCCCAGAGGACACGCCCCUUCUGUCUGUCGGCUCCUCCUCCACCUCGUCUUCCCCAGAGACCAAGAAAGACCGGCCCCGGACUGGCGCCAAAACAGACCGCGCACUUCACCGCAUCCAGAACCUUCCACCUAGUGACGAGGAGUCCAGCUGGACUACACUGUCUCAGGACAGCACCUCACUGGGCUCUCCAGAGGACACGGAUAUCUGGGGAGAGCGGUCAUUCCAGACGGAUCCAGACUUGCCCCCAGGAUGGAAGAUGAUGACCGAUAUGGCUGGCAUUUAUUACUGGCACAUUCCCACCGGCACCACACAGUGGGAGAGACCCGGUCCGUGCCAUCCUGUACCGAGCGUCCCUCAUCAGGACACACGCAAACACUCACUGGGCUCGCUUUCUCCUUCACCCACCCCUGACCACGAGGCAUCUCAUGCGGAGGUGUUUUUCGGGGCGUCCUGUCGCUCAGACAGCAUCACAUCGGACAGCUCCACCGACCCCGUCCCACUCGCGCCCUCAUCCACGCGUCUCGCCCCCGCCCCCGUCCUCUCAUCGAACUCCUCUUCCUCCUCCGAUGCGAAUGUUCCUUCUUGUGGGUUUGUCAACAGCUGCUACUUCCCUCGAUCCUCGUCACUGCAGAUCAUGCCAGAGAAAGACAGACACAGUGAGACCCAGCAUCGACAGGAGGAGAAGAAACAGCCCUGGAGUGAUUUUGCAGUUGGAAAGAUUGAUAGUGAGAUCUGGAAGGACCUGCAGGCUGCUACAGUGAACCCUGACCCCAGUCUGAAGGAAUUUGAAGGAGCCACUCUACGCUAUGCCUCACUCAAGCUUCGGAACCCUGCUCCAGUGGAGGAAGAAGAUUCCAGCAGCAUUAACAGUGACCCUGAAGCCAAGUGUUUUGCGGUGCGCUCUCUAGGCUGGGUGGAGAUGGCUGAAGAGGACUUGGCUCCCGGUAAAAGCAGUGUCGCCGUUAACAACUGCAUCCGACAGCUGUCCUACUGCAAGAACGACAUCAGAGACACAGUUGGCAUAUGGGGAGAGGGAAAAGAUAUGUAUCUGAUCCUGGAGAAUAACAUGCUGAACCUAGUCGACCCGAUGGACCGCAGCGUCCUUCACUCUCAGCCAAUCGCAAGCAUCCGUGUGUGGGGUGUGGGGCGGGACAACGGCAGGGAUUUUGCCUACGUAGCACGUGAUAAAGACACACGGAUAUUAAAAUGUCAUGUUUUUCGCUGUGACACGCCUGCCAAAGCCAUCGCCACCAGCCUGCAUGAAAUCUGCUCCCGGAUCAUGGCAGAGCGUAAGAAUGCCAAAGCUAUGGCCGGAGGAUCUCUGCAGGACCGGAGCCACACAGGACUCGACGUCCCACUGCAAGCAGAGUUCCCCACACCAAAGACUGAACUGGUGCAGAGGUUUCAGGUCCUAUACGUCGGCAUGAUGCCAGUCGCCCGACCCAUAGGCAUGGACAUCCUCAACGGCGCAGUGGACAGCCUGAUGACCUCAACACGAGACAACUGGAUCCCAGUAAUGCUGAACGUAGCAGACGCGACUGUCACCGUCAUCAAAGAGAAGGAGGAAGAGGAAGUCCUGGUGGAGUGCCGUGUGCGUUUCCUGUCCUUCAUGGGCGUGGGGAGAGACGUGCACUCGUUCGCCUUCAUCAUGGACACGGGCAACCAGCACUUUGAGUGCCACGCGUUCUGGUGCGAGCCCAACGCAGGCAGCGUGUCUGAGGCCGUGCAGGCUGCUUGUAUGUUACGUUACCAGAAGUGUCUGGUUGCGCGCCCGCCGUCACAGAAGUCCUGCUCGCAGUGCCCACCUUCCGACUCGGUGACGCGCCGUGUCUCCACCAGUGUCAAGCGCGGCGUCCUGUCCCUCAUCGACACGCUCAAACAGAAAAGACCCGUCACGGAGCUGCCACAAUAAUCACACACACACACACACACACACACUCUCUCUCUUGCACAUUGACUCAGCAUGCGUACACCCAUUCUCAUUAGAACUCUCACACUCUUCUAUAAACAAACACACAAAUACACAUCACUUCACCAUGCUUCACCUCUAGAAUAACGUGGCUCCGCCUCCUCUACGUCAAUCAUGUGUUAUGUGCUUAUCUGCAUGGGGUGAACUCACCUCUGUCGCAUGAUACAAGACACCACGCACAGUUUAGGAGAAGGCUGGAGCGGCCUCGGGUGUGACCGUCGAAAAAGAUCAAAGCGUGCGUGUGUGUGAGAAAAGCAGAUCAAAGAUCAAACACUUAAACUCACUAGAGCUUCCUCUGUACAAUCCCAGCUCUGUCUGUGUGUGUGUGUGCGUGCGCGCACUGUAUGUUGCUGUUGCUGCUUUAUCACACGAACUAUAGCAUCGUUCGAUGCCCUUAUCCACAAAGCAUGCAGUUUGUUCCCUACUUCCUGUCUCUGUCUUCAUCAUCCUCAUCAGUGACGAGAUGGACAGAGGAAUGAACAGAUUAAUAAAAAGAGAACGACAACGCUGAGUGUUGCUGUGUAAAUACAGAUCAAAGCUUCUCACCAAAAAGACGAGAAAGAUGCAGAUUUUUCUCUAAAGUCUGUUUGUGACUGUGACACGUGAGCGGACGCUGACGUGACGACAUCAUGCUGGAGAGUAGAGGGGAUAAAACUCCACUAAACCGCACACACGUCUGAGGACGGGCCGACGAUCGGACGAAGAGGAGCUCGCGGAAAGCUUCCAGGUGAAAGGACGCGAAAUAAGAGACUGUCGUUCGGCGCCACACCAUCAAACCCUUAUGUCUGUAUGUUGAAGGAAAAUUCCACCCUGAAUGAGACACGUAUCGAAAUUUAUCACUAAAACUUUUUAAAAUGCUCUGAGCGGUUUUCAACGUUACUCACAAUUCCAUUCGACUCCCUGCUGAAAGCGGUGUCUGUCCAGCAACGUCUUGUCUGAGGAGAGUCCGCCUUGGUUGUUCACACUGCGACCACAUUGAAAAAAAUCAGAUUUGGGUCUGAUUCAGGACCACAUAUGGAAGUGGUCUGAAUCUGAUUUGAAAAAAUCAGAUCUGGGCAAGAUUUGAGUGUUCACACUACUCCUGAAGAAGUCUGAUCUGGUCAUGUGACCCCAAAAAAAAUCAGAUUUGGGCCACUUUUACCUGCAGUGUGAACGGGGCUUUAUUCUGUCCAGCGAUCUCCAAUAUUUCAGGGUAGAGUUUUUCCUUUAAUAUCUGACUACUUUAUCUCUGUGAUCUUGCUGCACUCUGGAGUUUGUAGUCCUUCCUGCCUAUUAGCUGUAGUCCUAAACACAUCGUCCGGGUUCGACAAGUCGUGUGUGUGUGUGUGUGUGUGUGUGUGUACAGUAUCUAUACAACACUUUACAAAUGCAUAUCACAUCAUAAGCUAUGUUUAUUUUAUUUGUUUUUGUUUUUAAAUGUUUGAAUAUUAUCAGUAUUUUGUUUUUCACUUUUGAGAUCCUUUUAGUAUGUUUUUAUUUUUUAUUGUUAUAAUUUGCCACCACAUGUCUCUUGAACACGUUCUGAAACGAACUCGUCGUAAGUGUUGUAGAUAAACCAAUGGACACAAAAGAGCAAAAGAAAGAAAGAAAGAGAGAGUUUAUUUUACGGUCUUUUCGAGACACCCAGCUGUACGAGACCGGGGUUUGAGCCGUAAGCGUCUAAUCUAUGCAUUCUUUCAGCUCCGAGGACGAUUUAAGGGGGAAAAACAAAUCCAAUCCAAUCAAAAGACACCUUGUCCUUUUGUGUCCCGGGGACAAUUUCAGAAGAAGAAGUAGUAGUGGACGUUGGACUGAAUAGAAAAGAUAUUUUUUAUUUUUAUUUAUUUGAUCUAUUUUUUAAUCGUACGUUAUUGUUUUCAUUGUAAUCUAUUAUAUGCUCGGACGUUCUCGUCACACACUAAACAAAUCACUCCAUGAUGAGAAAGAAGGACCGACAGAAGAAACCGUGAAAUCCACAAUCUUGCAGUCACUGUCACCAUUUUUUAUUAUUUUUUUAAUUAUUUUUUUUUAAUUAUUUUUUUUAUCUUCCU